AUGGAUCGACUGCUUGCGUUCCGGAGAUUAAGGGAGCAGCAGGAUAGGGAGUACGAGCUUGCUAUGAAGCUCGAUAGAAAGAAGCAGCGAUUGAAGAAGGAAAAAGAAGAAGAAAGGAAGAGGUUGAAGGAGGAGAAACUGGAAAAACUCAGGGCUCGUGCAAAUCUCCGUGACAUGCUGAAGGUGAAACUGAUGAAUGAACCAGUUUCUGACAACGUGGCUGACUGUACCAGGUGCGUGAUAAGAAUGCCAAACGGGUCAAAGUUCAAUAGGAUCUUUUGCAUGGAUUCUCCUAUGGAGCAACUCUACAUCUUCCUGAUGGUCAACGAUGAAUCUCUGAAUGACUUCCGGAUAAAUACAAACUGCCCACGACGGGAAAUCCCGCCUCCAAAAUUCCUCCUGACCAAUCAGGCUGAAGCCAGCAUUUCCGGUUCGUCCAGUAGCAGCUCAGAUGGUGACGAUGUCGGCGAUGAUGGUGGCAUGACGUUCAGACAGUUUGGCUUCAGCAAGAGUGAAGCGCUUUUUGUCGCUAUUUUGGAGGCUUAA